CGGAGCAGCGAUCAGUCUUAUCAGUCCCAAGGGUAACGCACCUUGCCGUUGAUCGGUGACUGUGAAAGUGACUUGUACGCAUCGUUAGGCCAGAAACGCACCACGCUAACGCAGUCGGAGCAUCUGCAUCUGCGCACGAUGUGUAAAGUCGUAAAGUGCGGUGCAAGUAAUAAUGUGCAGUUUGAUGUGCUCGAUGAAUGAUGAGUUUGGGUGAAUGAUUAACGUGUAACAUCAGCAUCAUGCACGCGUCACUGAGUUUAUUGGCCAAUGCUCUCAAUUAGAGGACGGGGGCUGGCAGCAGACGCACUCAAAGUGAUUUCCCUUUAGGUCUGUGCGAUAGUGUGUGUGUGUGUGUGUGUGCCAAAGACCAAGUGAAGUUGUCCGAAACCCGUUGAAGGAAUGAUCGAUCGAUCGACGGAGGUGCGUUCGGGAUUGAUUGUUUGUUGUUGUAUCGACGAGCGGUGAAGUGAAGACCUCUCAGACCCACUCAGGCGCAGCAGAGCGGUUAAGAAUAUGGUGAAACCGGCGGCUAGGAUAGUGAUCAAGUUUCUAGAAUUAUUAGGUUGUGUGGCGUGCGUUAUUACAAAGAUCAUCACCGAUCAUGAGUCACGGCGAGUGUUUGUGCGAAAUCAGAAGCUAUCGCGCGAAUGGAGCCUGAUACACAACAUAACCUGGAGCAGCGGGGGAAAUGCAUUUACGAACAUCGUCUACGGUGGCUACACGAUAGUCAUCGCACUGAUGUUAAUUACAAGAUGCGUCGACGCAAAGACACGUCCGAAUCUGUUCGAGAAGAUCGUACUAUCGCUGGGGACACUAUUGUUUUUUGCUGCAGGUGGGUUGGUGUUCGCCUCGAUAGAUCAGGUCCAUCCAGAUCUGCACGAUAACGCCAUCAUACUCGGUUGCCUCUCGUUUCUGGUGGCAAUACUGUUCGUUAUCGAUCUGGCCGAUCCGCUGGCACGCAUGACGGCUCACAUGACGCAGACGGAUACGUCGAGCCUCACCCGGGGCACCGAUGUGACCGAUCGACCGACGAUCAAGAAGGACGUCGCGACCGACACCGAGCAGGCACCGAUUUUCGUCGUCUCUAAGGCGGACACUAGCAAUCAGCGAACGCCGCCUCCACAGGCGAACCAUCAUCCGGCGCAUCACGCACCGCACGGUCGACCAUCGGUAGUCGAGGAGUAUCGGGAUGAGCGGGCGCGGGAUCUUAACCGUAGUGCCGAAUCCAUCGUCGAACGGAAGGUUUAUCCCUCGGCUCAGGUACCGGUGUUUGCGCAUGUCCGGGCACCGGAGGAAAGUCGUCGGAUAGCGGGUAAGGAGAUCCAGUAUCUCCCGCGGACCACGGACUAUCGGGAUCGGCGAGCCUAUCGUGAUGCUGGACCAGGGCACACGAUCUCCUCCAAUCGCCGUUCUACGGCACAUCAUCAUCAGCAUCAGCCAGCCAGCCAGGCGGGGCCAGGGUAUCACGAUAAUGAUUCCUUCGUCGAGGAUAUACUCCCUUCACGGCGCAGUACCUACGUACCGGCGGAUAAGUACGAUCAGGAGGCGAUGCAAAUGAGUGCGGCCACCGGGCAUCCGGGCAUGCGAUCCCGGCCACCACCACCCACCAAACCGAUGAGCAUCAUUCGGACGAACCUUAGCCGAUCGAAUCAGAAUUCCCCGACGGAUUCGAACUGUAGUGCGGGGUGUCGCUGUUCGCAGCGUAGCACCAGCACGCGAAGGAACGAGGACGGACCGGGCGACGAGUUCGACAGUCCGAUACGGCCCGGGUUUGUGGCGAACGCCGCCAAAAAGUGGGACGAUCGGGCACGGAGUAAAAGCCAACCCAUUAUCGGACUUAACACGAUGGUGUAGACAGAGCACGAGUUCGUGCGGUGGAUGCUGCGUUGGUUGGUGGAGUUCAUGAGUUUCAGUUCUUUCAAGUAUUGUCUUUAAGUUUUACCAUUAAGCUGACCGACCCGAACUGGUUGUUGGGCGACCAGAAUAAACGAUUAGCUAGAUUACGCAUUCAGGAUUCCGAAAAACAGGCUACCAUCGCUGGCAGACAAAUUUAUUU